AAUCUAUGACAGAUAAGCUGAAUAAGACCCAGAAAUUGCUGUACGAGAGCACCAGGGAUUUCCUGCAACUGAAAUAAUUUGAGUGCCGAGCCAAUGAGAAAUCUUGGAUGGCCGAGAAAGAUCGGCUGCUCCGAGAGCUAGACCGGUGCCGAGAGCAGUUGGCUUUAAGUAGUGACACAGAGCAAGAGCGGGAACACGAGCGAGAGAUCCUGCGUUUGUCAUUGGUCGAGAAAGCAAGUCGGCACUCGCACAGUGAGGAAGUGAAGUCUCUUACAGAGCAGCUGGCACAAGCACAUCGCCUCGCUGAAAUGUACCGGGAGCAGUGUGUGACACUGGAGGAUGAGCUGGGAAAGAUACGAGAGGAGGGAGACGUGGGCAGGGAAAUCUUCAAGGUGAGUUCUUAAUACCUUGUAAAGGGGGGUUCACAUUUGAGUUACCAUUUACUACAGGGGUCCUGAAACUUUUUAGACAUGGGGCCAGUUCAUGGUCCCUCAGACUGCUGGGGGGCCGGACUGUAGUCCUCAAACUAGGCCCCCGCAUCCUCAAACUAUGGCCCACUGUCUGUUCCCCUGCUCCCGCUGCAUCCUCUUGCUCCCUGCUU